AAUAAAGUAAUUUUUUGUAAAGAAUUUUAUGAAUCUGUAUAUAAUUAGUUUCAAAUUGGACGCUUUAGUCGAAAUCGUGACUAGUAAAACCAAUACGAAUCCGUUCAUUGGUUUGUCGAUACCCGAUAAUAUUGCAGUCAAUAUGACAUUCAAUUGUGUGCAAUUACAUAUUAUGAGUGAUAUUUGCUGACCAAAGUGAUCAUCAAUCAAAAUGCCGAUUCAGCAAAUUAGCGUGAAAAAUUCAUCGGAGAUAGAGAGUUGGGAAUGGGGCGGCGGGGGCAGGGAGACGGUCCGCGCUGGCUCCGGCAGCAGUCACACGUCGUGCAGCAACUCCAGUGGCGAUAUUUGUCGCAUCUGCCACUGCGAAAGUGAAGUGCACAACCCGCUACUUGCACCAUGCUACUGUUCUGGAAGUCUAAAGUAUGUUCAUCAGAGCUGCCUACAACAAUGGUUGACCGCUUCAGAAACAAGAUCAUGUGAACUGUGCAAAUUUAAUUUCAUUAUGCACACAAAAAUAAAACCAUUUAGUGAGUGGCGUUUGCUGGAAAUGUCUGGCGUGGAGCGCCGGCGUCUAUGCUGCGCGGUGCUGUUCCACUGUGUGGCAGCGCUGUGCGUCAUGUGGUCGCUGUUUGUGCUCAUCGAACGAGCCGUCGAAGAAGUCAAUAGGGGCCUUAUAGCAUGGCCAUUCUGGACGAAGCUUGUCGUAGUGGCGGUGGGCUUCACCGGCGGCGCGGUGUUCAUGUAUAUACAGUGCCGGCAGUAUCUACAUUUGUGCAACAGAUGGAGAGCUCAUAAUAGGAUACUGUUAAUACAAAACGCACCGGAGAAGAUCCCCAUACAGGGUUCACCACCGCGCAGCAGGCGCAGGGAGCGGAGUAUGCGCGGACAGGUGGUGGCGAACAUCGAGCCCCCGCCCCCGCCGGCCGCGUACCACGAGGAGGACGAGAGCGGCGGCUUCGAGACGUACCGCGCCAACCCGCGCCGCCCCUCCGCCCUCGCCCCGCCCCUCGCCGCGCCCCUCGCCGCGCCCCUCGCCCCGCCCCCCGCACCCGCGCCCCGCCGACACUCCGACACCGCAGCGGUCGACGACGCGCAGCACACCGAGGGCGGCGUGUACCACAUCAGCGUAGACCCGCUCGAGGCUGAUAUACAGUCGCUGCUGGCCCUGGAGGCGCGGCGCGCGGCCCGCUCGCUCCCCAACCUGCGGGCCUCGCGCGAGACGCUCCUCCCCGCGCCGCCGCCUCCGCCCCCCUCCUGAGGGCCCCCGCUAGUGCUGUACCCGGACGACACGCUCUACUAGUGAUGUGCGAUAGUGCUGUGAUCGGACUCCCGCCCCCGCUAGUGCUCUACCCGGACGACUAGUGAUGCUAGUGAUGGACGAUAUAGUGCCGUGAUCGGACUCCCGCCCCGCCCCCCGCUAGUUUACUGAGACUGAUUGUAGUGCUGUGAUUGGACUCAAUGGGCGAGAUCCCUUUCAAAUCGAUUUUUUUGGUCAUGUCAUAAUCAUAUUCACGAUCGUCGGGACGUACGUUCGGCGAUUGUACGUACGGGUGUGCGUUGACGGUACGUCCAUAUCCCAUUAUUGAGUUUCAAUCUGUUAACGUCAAAGUCAACGAUAUAAUAAUUUUACAAUAGACAGACCCAGCAGUCUGCCUACAAUAGUUAUCACCCAUUGUAAAACUAGUAUUCCAGCGCAAUGAAAAGUUGCUCACAGAUUUAAAUGUGAAAAUUGGAAGAUGGACAUAUGUUCAAUGCACACCGUAAGCGC